AUGCCAAUGCUAGUGGGAACAGGUGCCAUGCGGAGUGCCGUGCCUGGCUCGCCUCCAACAAUCUUGAGCGCUUGCGGCGGCAGUAGGACGAAGAGUUUGACCACGCCAUUCUCAAGCUCUGUCUCUGCUGGCGUCUUUGCGAUGGCUGUGUCAGGUGUCAGCCGUUCGAGGGCACCGGCACCCCGCAAGCAGAUGAGAGCCACAGCCGACAGCCGCAGCGACAAGGAGGACAGACAGGGACCUUUCUUUCAUUACACCAACGAGGAAGGGGCUGAUGGAAUCAAUGAGAGUGGCACACUACGUCCUACGGAGGAGGUUGACAUGAUCGACGCAGCUGGUGGAGAAGGCAUUUAUGUCACUGACUUAGAUCCCUGGCAAAAUUCCAAGUCCGACAUCCUGGAAAAUAAUUACGGGACAGAAACAGAUGACAAGGACAGAAACAGAUGA